CGCGGGGCCUGCUUGGCUUGGCUGGGAGGGGGGGUGUUCUUGCAGGGCCGCGCCGCCUGCCCUCUGCCGUCGGGGCCGCGCCAAGGCGGCGGGGCUAGAGCUAGGGGGGUGGGGGGGUGGACACGACCUCUCCGCGGAGGAAUUCGGCAGCUGCGGUGGGCCGUCGCGACCGCCCUGUGGGGCCCCCUCCCCGCUCGGCCGGCGGCGCUGCGAGAAAGAAGUGCGGGCAGCCCAGCAGGGCCGAGCCGGGCGGGGGAGAGUCGGAGGGGAGGGGAGGGGAGGGAAGAAAGAAGGAAAGAAAGAGAGAGAGAGAAAGAAAAAGGAAGGAAGGAAGGAAGGAAGGAAGGAAGAGCCCGCAUCGCCCGCCGGCAGGAGCCCGAUGGCCGCAGAGGAAGUCACUGGCGGGGCGCGCAAGGCGACGAAAAGCAAACUUUUUGAGUUUCUGGUCCAUGGGGUGGAAACUGGCUCAAGGCAAGUCCGAAAGGCAGUCGGCAAAAACAGCUUAGAGCAAUAUCUAACAAUAUCACGGGGACCGUCUGCCGAACACCACAUUCAACUGGGGCUGCCCUCUGAAAUUGCCCCGUGAGACACCAGCUGUGUCCAUUUCUUCCCCAAAUCUUCCUGAAGAGCUGCCUGGCAUCCCAGAGGCCUCCAUCCCAGAGCUCUUCCCCCUAGGCUGGAGCAGCUGCUGAAAAUGCGCCGAAAUGGGCAAGGGCGCCCUGGGAUGCCAUCUGGUGCUCGAAUGCCCCACCAGGGGGCUCCCAUGGGUCCCCCAGGCCCACCCUACGCAGGGAGCCCCUCCGUGCGCCCUGGGAUGCCCCCGGCAGUGAUGGAGCCGGCUCGCAAGAGGGCAGCCCCGCAGCAGCCCCAACAGCAGGCGGCCCAGCAGCAGGCGACUCAGGCCACGCAGAGCCGGCCCAGGAGUGCCAAGAGGAGAAAAAUGGCUGACAAGAUCCUCCCUCAGAGGAUCCGAGAGCUGGUCCCUGAGUCCCAGGCAUACAUGGACCUCUUGGCCUUCGAGCGUAAACUGGAUCAGACCAUCAUGCGGAAGCGAGUGGACAUCCAGGAGGCCCUGAAGAGACCCAUGAAGCAAAAACGCAAGCUGCGCCUCUACAUUUCCAACACGUUCAACCCGGCCAAAUCGGAUGCAGAUGACUCUGACGGCAGCAUCGCCUCCUGGGAGUUGCGGGUGGAGGGCAAGCUCCUAGACGACCUCAGUAAGCAGAAACGAAAAUUCUCCUCCUUCUUCAAGAGUUUGGUCAUCGAGCUGGACAAGGAUCUCUACGGGCCCGACAAUCACUUGGUGGAGUGGCACCGAACUCCCACCACCCAGGAGACGGACGGCUUCCAGGUGAAGAGGCCGGGGGACGUCAGUGUGCGCUGUACACUCCUGCUGAUGCUGGAUUACCAGCCGCCGCAAUUUAAACUUGACCCCCGCCUGGCACGCCUGCUGGGGAUCCACACACAGACGCGCUCCGCCAUUAUCCAGGCGCUGUGGCAGUACAUCAAGACAAACAAGCUGCAGGACUCCCAUGACAAGGAGUACAUCAACUGCGACAAGUAUUUCCAGCAGAUCUUUGACUGCCCGCGGCUCAAGUUUUCUGAAAUCCCACAGAGGCUCACGAACCUGCUGCUCCCGCCAGACCCCAUUGUCAUCAACCACAUCAUCAGCGUGGACCCCAAUGACCAGAAGAAGACGGCUUGCUAUGACAUCGAUGUGGAAGUUGAAGAUCCCUUGAAAGGACAGAUGAGCGGCUUCCUUCUCUCCACAGCAAACCAGCAGGAGAUCACAGCUCUAGAUAACAAGAUUCAUGAGACAAUCGAAUCCAUCAACCAGUUGAAGAUACAGCGAGAUUUCAUGCUGAGCUUCUCGAAAGACCCCAAAGGAUACAUCCAAGAUCUUCUCCGGUCUCAGAGCAGAGACCUGAAGGUGAUGACAGAUGUGGUUGGGAAUCCUGAGGAAGAACGGCGAGCCGAGUUCUACCAUGAGCCCUGGUCCCAGGAGGCCGUAAGCAGAUACUUCUACUGCAAGAUCCAGCAGCGGCGGCAGGAGCUGGAACAGUCGCUUGGGGUGCGCAACACAUAAGCCGCUGAGGCUUGGUCUCCUAGGCUGUACCACGUGCCCCUUAGACUGCCGUUGCCUAGAAAGUUGGACCUGCUUUAUGCCUAGCCAAGGAGGCACCAGCAGCAGCUGUAGUCCGGCUGGCUUUGGGGUGGUUUCCCCCUUCUCAGCCUGCUUCUCCUCAGACUUGGCCAGGAGGCAACAAGGUUUACGUUCACAUUUCACUCACAUCAUUAGUUGUUGGAGAACGAGGCCGGUGCACACGCGGACGACCCUCAGGCCCCUCGGCCCCUCUGGGGAACAGGGCGGUGGGCACAGGCAGUGCUAACAGGGGUCGCUGUGUUGGUUGUGCUCCGCCCGAUUGCUUGGCGAGGCAUUUGUGGCCAGUUAGCCAGGGUACCAGUCUCUGGGCCUGGGAGGGCUGCAGAGAUCUGGAGUUGGCAGGGAGGGGCAUUGGUGUGGCAUGGCUGAAGUGAGUGGCAGAGCUGGGAAUGUGUGUUGGGCUCCCCAGUGGUCUGGGCAGGGUUGCAUCUAAGUCCCCUUCAGGCUGCUGUGGCUGCAGCCUCUCUUUCCAAGGCAGGUGGCGCCAUCACCUGGUCUCCCCUUACCCACGCAAGACAGGGACUUUGUGCACCUUCCUCCUGUGCAUUGAGUCAAAGGCAGCCAGCCCUGCCCGUUUUCAUACCCAGCAGGAGCUGAGGGGGACAGACGUGGCAACGUUGUGCCAUUUGUGGCCACAGGGAGUCAGGGCUGGACUGAGAACUCCAGGGACUGUUUUCCUUUGCCAAAAUGUGUGUGCCGCCUCCUGCUGCGCUGGAGACCAGUCCGUCCACUCAGGCCAGGAGAGACGGCCGACUGGGGGAAGUGCUUGCCCUCAGAAUUGUUUUCCUUGCCCAUCCUGCUGGCCUGACGAAGCUGCUGGGCCUUUCGUUUAGGCUAGCCAGGCUGUUUUGGCUGGUAGGCUCUGAGUUCUUGAGGGGAGGGCUGCCAGGGCAGGCAAAUCAGCCCCUGCCCUCCACACACACACACCAGCCUCUUGGGUAUGAACAGAGGUGCUUCUCUCUUGUCUUGUAGCCAGAAGGAACUUAAGCUGUUUUAGCAUCAGGGCAACAAAUGCGGGGCUUCUCCUGAUAGAACACACUCUCCAGGAAGGCACAAGCUACACACUCACUUUGUCCUGGUGCUGCUUGCAGGGAGCCAGGGCGGGGGACGGGAAGAACGGCAGUCCUGUUUGCUGCGGGGUCGUGGGUAAGGACCCAGCCCUUCUGGGUGCGUUUCUUCCUUCGGCUCCUGAGUGUUUGCGUGCUGCAUUCCCGAUGGAAGGGAAGGAAUCUGAACUGGUCACUUGUCUGGUGCAUCCAAGGUGGCUGUCUAGAUGCAGGGUUGCCAUCCAGAGAGGACUUCUUUCUAGAGCAGGGGUCUGCAACCUGUGGCUCUCCAGAUGUUCAUGGACUACAAAUCCCAUCAGCCCCACCAGCAUGGUCAAUUGGCCAUGCUGGCAGGGCUGAUGGGAAUUGUAGUCCAUGAACAUCUGGAGAGCCACAGGUUGCAGACCCCUGCUCUAGAGAGACAGUCCAGAGAGGAGAGAAGUUGUGCAGUCGUGGGAACACCCAGUGGCCCUCUUUAGUGCAGGAAAAGCCCACACACCACGUUCCAUUGCUGAAAAUGCAUCUUGCCCCUGGUCCAAAGUCAGAGUGGCCAAGCCGAAGCCGCAGGGGAGCUCGCCCUUUGUGGAAGAGGAAGAGGGAGAAAUGCUCCUCCUCUUGUACAAGGGGUGGAGUAACGCUGGUGCCCGUGGGGUGGAGCCUGUGGAAGGCGGCACAGAGGGAGCCUGCAGGGUGGCGCUUUCCCCAGCCCAACGCGUGUUUCUCCCUGCGCAUCUCCAAAGCAGAGGGUGGCACUCCUGUGGCUGACACAGAAAUCCAGGCUGCUCUUCAGUUGCUGCUGGAAAAAAAUGUGCUGUCCUCCUCUGGUCUUCGGAUGGUUGUGAGCGUAAACAGAUAUACUUUGUGUCAAAGUGCAAGGAAGUGAACGCUGUGCGUGUGGCUGCCGCCCUCCGCUCUUCUGGUCAAGGUCAGUGCUGUCUCCUGAGCCUCAGUGGCUGUCUGGGGGUCUCAGGUGGGUCUUGGGCAUCCCCUGGAUUCCCCAGUCAUUGUUACCUGGAGAUCCUGGGAUUCUUCUACAGGCCGCGUGGAGGCUGAUCCACUGAACCACAGCCCCUCCCCUGUGCAUCGUUGGAGGAGGGCCUGGCUGGAGAGGAAACUCCACAAGGGAGCAGCUCUGGAGUUAGCAUGUGUUGGGGGUGGGGGUGGAGGCAGCUCAGAUGUGCCCUGAAUGGGGAAGCCACGAAUGAGAGCAGGAGAUCAAGGGGUGCCCGGCAACAGCCAGUCCUCGAAGUGCCACUAGCCUUCGUAGCACAGUCUGAUCUGGAAGGGUAACCAAGUGGUUGCAGCAUAGACCGCUCUCUCUGUGUGUGAGAGAGCAGCACAGCUGUAAAGGGCAACAUGAGGGCUGCUGCUUGGUCCAAGAAUAGAAAAGUAGCCUGUGCCUGAGUCAUCUCAGCAGUCCAAGGUCAUGGCCAGGCCUCUGGGCAACAGUUGGCGGGUGCUGGUCCAGCGAGUGGCACGAGAGGACCUGACAGAGCGAGCUCCGUUUACCACCAUUGCGGUUGAAUGGCAGCCUCAGGAGAAUGCAGCCACCUGGCAGGCAUGGAGAACUCGCAGAGGAGGCAGCCACACCACCACCACCACCACCACCGUUCUGGAGCUUCGGAUGCAAGAAAGCAGGGGCUGGAGCCAAUGCAGGCACCUCUGCGCCUUCUUGUAAACAAAGCUAACAGGGCUUAGAGAGGAAGGGAGGCGUGGAGCCCUGCGCCCUCGGUCGAAGCAUCUCUGCUGCAGUCGGUUGUGCUGUGGCAGUCAUCAAACAGAUGAGUGUGGGGGCAACCAUGCAGCAGGCAGAAACUGCAGUGGGAAAGCAGCAAGCUAGGAAAGGGUUGUGUUCCCCUGGCCCUCCCACGUGUUUUCUCCUGCAAAUGGCAGCCUGGACCCUGCCUUUGAAGACUGGGCUGCCUGUCGACCUGUCAUUGGGCCCGGGGCUGAGUGGAGGGUGGUGGCUGACUCCCCAACUCCCUUCUUGCCAAAGGAAGUCUUCCAGCCUCGCUGCCAGGCGGCCCCGUGACUCUGCCUUCGCCUGGAUCAGUCCAUCGAGUCUCACUGGCUCUGGCUUCAGUGGCUCUCCAGGGUUUCCGGCAGAGAGGACUUUCAGAUCCCCCCCCCGAUCUCUUCAACUGGAGGUGCCACUGGGGUUGGAUCUGGGACUCUCUGCCUGCCAGACAGAUGUCUUCCACUGCCCCGUGGCCCCUCCCUCCGUUUACUUUCUGGUUCAUUGGACUGCCAUGGCUGUGAAACAAAUGUGUUACCCAUACACACACACACACACAAAGAGGACGUGGCCAGCUACUGAGUCAGACCCGUGCUCUGCCCACGUCAGUGUUGUCUGCUCUGAGCAGCAGUAAUCCAUCAGGGGCCCAAGCAGCUGUCUCUCAUACCAGCUCCUACCCAGCAGUCCUUUUACCUGGAAAGGCCGGGGUUGAGCGUGGGGCUUUCUGCAUGCCAAGGAGAUGCUCUGCCGUUCAGUCUUGCCCGCCCCCCCCCGCCCCCGGUGUGGGAAGAGCAGUGGCCAUGCUGCCAUUAUCCUCUCACCUGGGCCAGAAACGGCAAGGCCUCUGAGCUGCAGCAGCCGGCUUCCCAGGCACCACAGUGGAUGCAGGCUGGCCGCGGAAGCCAGUGAAGGUGGCUAGAAGGGGCGGGAAGGAAUGCGGCCCCUUUCCCUGACCCCCCCCCCACUCAUACGUGCACAUGCGCCAAUGUCUCCUACCAGCACUUCUGUGUGAGGUUGCAGUCAGGCUCCGACCCCCCCCCCCCCAAACAGGCUGGAGCUUUGGAAGAGCAACGCCCGUUACAGGGCAGGGGUCCUUUUGUUCCUCUUGGGUUGUGUGUCUGUCUGAUCCCCUGCGGAUGGAGCCUCUGUGGCCAGUGGCAGGGGAGGAGGGGGGGGGGUCACGUGCCAUCUUUCCGUGUCUUUGUUGUAUGGUGCUGCGUGAUUUGUAGAAAAGCUUUUGAACAAUAAACACUUUGUUCCUUUGUA